AUAUGAAUCAGCACAUUAAGGAAUAUAACCAAGCCGAGGAAUUAUUACCCUCAGGUCAGAAAGAAUUUAUAACAGAGCUAUUUGAGUCAUUUGAAAAAUACUCAAAUCCAAAUAACGAGUACUUCCCAGAAACCCUAAGUUUUCUCAGCGAAAACUGCUUCCUAGACCCUCUAGUUUGCUCAUUACGUGCAAUCUUGAGCCAGGGGUAUAUAUCUUUUCCAGAAUUUGUUCAAUACAACCGCGAAAAAGGGGAAACUAGAAAGGCAGUUUUUGAACAAUUCACUCAAAGUUUCCUAUCAAUCAUAUAUGGUGUAGUGUCAAAAACAAUGGAUGACAAAAUUAGUGCUUACCAAGGUGCCAGAUACUCCUCUGAGCCGACUGAUCGUGACCAAACGAGGCACACCAAGUCCUUGUCCACCGGCCAAGGCGAGACUUAUCGCCUUGAUGAGGCGACAAGAUCUACCAUGGACCAAGAGACUAAUCUAAAUUUGAUUAAUAAUCCUGAUGCUAAGCCAGAAGUUCCCCUCAAGCAGAAUCAUAUCUCCUCAGUUGGCUAUACGAACAGAGUGAACACCUUAUGAACUUCUGAUGAAAAGGAAAUUGAGGAGAAUGGGCCUCUCAAGCAAAACUACAGAGCAAUCAAUGCUAUCACCCCAAGGAAAGAAGAUUUAAUUCAGGCUAUCUUAGAACAUUCUAGAAGCCAAUUCGUUCCAGGAGAGCAUAGCAGAUCUGGGCACCUCAAAAGGACUCAGACAGCCAGGAAUUCAUCAAUGGUCGAAUUUUCCAAGUCAAGUGGGAAAUUUCUAAGAAAUUCAUCUAAAAAGAAGAUUAAUCAAAAACGGAACUCAGUCUUCAGGAAGAAAGGCUAUGGGCCAGACAAGUUUACUUCAAGAGGCUUUACCAUUCCAACUAUGAUGCAUCUUCAAGAGUCCCAGAGACUCCAGGAUGAUUCUAGAGUUGAGAAGAAGGCCAGGCACAUCUGCAACAGGUAUGGUCCUGCCUGUUACGAGUCUACUUCAAACACCAGAGAAAAUGUAGGAGAGUACUCAUAUGGGAAAGGUGGGUCAACUUUUGGUAAAUCAAUCAAAAAGUGCAAGUUUGAUGAAAAUAAAGAAAUGAUUUACUCCCCUGGCCCUGGAAGGUAUGAAUCCCACGCACGUGAGAAUUCUGCUGUAUAUAGCUUUGGAAAGCAGAAGAAGGACAUCUCAUUUGCUAAAUUCUCUAGUAGAGACAUCCCAUCACCAGGGAAAUACAAAGUUAAAAGAGAUUUUCUUAGCAAAGUAUUUAAAAGACAUGCUACUUAAAUUAUUACCAAUAUUACUAA